UAUGAGGGAGGGGGAGCGGCAUGUAAACAAGGGCGACUCUUCGCUGCAACUCACUGUCAGUUCAAGCGCUUAUAACUCCUACUGUCUCCGCAAAGCUUAGAGCUCAGGACCCACACCAGCUUCACAGAGGAUUUCACUGCAGACCAGCCAAGAUGAUGCAAUGUCUUCAGUUCCUCAUCGAGCCCGCCAAGAACAUCACCGUCAAACUUAAGGAAUCUCACAAGAAGGCGAAGAAUGAGAAGAGAGAGCCUCUGGAUGAGAGCCAGCAGUUCAUUGCGAACCUGGCCAAGGACCUCAGCAGAGUGUGUCAGAGGUCUGAGGUGCUGGAGAACAUCUCCAGCGGUGAGGACGUCUGGCCCACCCUCACCUGCAGGGCUUUCAUACUGGAGUGGGCCUCCAUGCUGGAGAGCAAGAAAAGGCCGAUGCAGACUGAUGGCUGGCCGGAGAAGAGUGACUGGAAGGAGUUGGCUCUGACCAGUGAGCAGGAUAUAGAAAGUGCAAAAAAGCUCAUCACCAACUGGACCAAAGACCUGAGGGCCCAACCAGAGCAAAGCGUGUGGCCAGGCGAGCAGAUGGUGGUGGUGCUGGAUGAUUUGGAAAAGCACUGGAGACGAGGCCGCAUGCCCACUCUGCAACCUGCAAUGGAGCUGAUCUUCUGGACUCUACUGGCCAAAGAGUUGGACAAGGAGAACAUUCCCCGGCAGUGGCUCAUUUGGAAGCAGAAGAGUCAGAAAAUAGGUGCUACUCCUUACAUUCCCCACACGGUAUGGGACUGGAUCUGCGAUGCUGCAGUUGAGGUGACCCUGGACCUGGAAACAGCCAACCCGGACCUGUUAAUCUCGGACGACGAGAAGCGCAUGCGCUGCGGCUUUGAGCGCAAGGAAGUGCCCAACUACCACCAGCGCUUUGACGGAUGGUGGUGCGCUGUGGGCAUGGAGGGCUUCGGCUCAGGUCGCCACUACUGGGAGGUGGACGUGGGAGAGAUGGACUGGCGGCUGGGCGUCGCCAAAGAGUCUGCGCUGCGCAAGGGCUUCAAGUCCCUCAACACGCACACGGGCUACCUGACCCUGCGCCUGGAGAGAGGCACCGAGCUCAAGGCCCUGACCGUGCCCUUCACGGCCCUGCCCGCCGACCUCAUCCCCCGCAGGUUGGGCGUCCACCUGGACUUCGACCAGGGCCAGCUGUCCUUCUACGAUGCCGAGAAACGCUCGCACAUCUACACAUACAACGAGAGCUUCGAUGAGAAGCUCUUUCCACUCUUUGGCACGGUGGAGAUCGUGAAAGACCUGGUGAUCAGAUCACCAGGGGAUAGGAGCCGCUGCAUGUGCCCAGCAAUGUGCCUGUGGGGCUGAAGGGUCAUAAUGUAAAUCAGCGCUUCAUUUAAACAGCACUCCUGGGGGGUAUUUCACAAAACAAGAUUUUUCAGUAAAGCCCAAUAACGUAACCUCUUAAACCCUACGGGCCCGUAGGUGAGCCCACACCUGUAAUGUGAAGGGGCCAUGUCCUACGUAUGACGUUGUAUUUAUGUAACAAAAAGAGUCAUUAAAAAUUUAACAGGCUGUUUCUGUUACUGCUGUAAGGCUGAUAUAUGCACAUGGUUUCUGUUCUGAUUGGCUGCCCUGGAUCAUUCCUCAUUCCAAAAAUCUGAGCACUGCUUUUAACUUCAAUGUGAUUGAGUGGAGCUAAACUACUGUAGGCUGAAUAGGUGUAUAUACAGUUGUUGUAAAAGUUUUGGCACCCCUGGUCAAAUUAGAUUUUGUUGAUUUUUUUUCUGAGUGAAAAUAAGUUAACACAUCCUGUACAAAGAACAAACUUCUGUACAUUUCAAUGUACAAGUACUGUUUAUUUACUGGAUAUUGGGGAAAAAAACAGGAAGUGACCUUUUUGAAGAAAUUACGCUCUAAAAAAGUGCCAUAUUUAGGUUUGUUUUCUGUAUAGGAUGUGCUAACUUAUCUUCAAAAAAAGGUAAUAUCUGGGUGUUUUCAAACGUUUGCAUAUGACUGUAUGCGUUGUUUUUCAUCAUGUCAUAAAACAAUUUUAAAACAGGCAGUUUUUGCAGGUCUGUUUCUAUAUAUGUAGUGUAAAUACUGAAAGGUGAGUGGCACCCUUUUAAACAUUAACAAUGUUUCCAUCUCUUAUUUAAGUGAGGCAAAUGCAGUUUCCUAUGAUUUGGGCACUCUAAGCCCUAUUGAAGCUCGAUUGGUUUUACCUGGAGAUGGGCGAAAUCUAUGAUUUCAGUUCAGUUUGAAUGCGAUGUGCAAUGUCCACUCUAAUUACAAGUCAAAUCCCACAUAUUAAUUACACAGUAGUUACUAAAUAAUGUAGUGAUUACUGAAUAGUGUUAUGAUUAAUAACUGUAUAAUAAGCCAAGGGCUCUACAGCUUAUGCCAUAAAGUGAGAACUGUCCAUUUGCAGUGUCCCUUACUUCUUCUUCUACUAGACAGCCUUGACUUAAAGUUAUCUUGAUAACUGAGAAAUCCUGAUUUGUGAAAUGCAAUCCUGAUAUUAGCUACAUCACUGGCUAACAAGUCUUCUCUUAGUGAAUGACAAAUCUGUAGCUCUAUAAAAGACUACCCACUUAGCAUACAGUCUGUUGUUGAUGCUGCUUCUGUUGUACUUACUGUUUGCACCUUAUAAGAAAGGCAAUCUGCUCACCUUGUCCAUUCUGUACUUUCAUAGAUAUGUAUAACAAAUGGAUACGAUCUGUUUGUCUGUUUGUGAUCUGUGAGAUAGUAAUCCUGCCAUGAAAAUGCACUUUCUGUGAAUAAUAAAUCAGAAUAAACAUAGACACGUUUA